CUCUGCACGGACAAUAAGAUUCUGAGACCCGUGGAUAUCUCAUCUGCGUAUGGACGGAGGCGUUUCAGAAAAUAUGAGAAUCUUCAUCACUUUCGAUAAAGUUUGCAAACCUUUUGACAUUUCGGGGGAUCAGACAGUCUUAUCAGUGAAGCUGAUGAUAAAGCAAUAUUUUCGAAUCACCUUGACAAAUGACAAACAAGGGCGUAGGUUUUUACAGCUGAUUUAUGCCGGGGCAGUGUUAGAAGAUGAGUGGGUACUUGCUGAUGUGGGAAUGACCUCCUAUUCCACGGUCAAAUGCAUCUUAAAGGAAGAGGAGAAUGCAAUUCUAUAUGUGUUCAAUGCUCUGACAAGGCGAACAAUUCCCAUCAUUGAAAACUCCCAGUUCUUAACAGCAACUGUUUCUGAGCUCAAAAGCUUGGUAUCACUGAAAUCUGGACUUCCUGUAAGUACUUUCCGUUUGAGUACUCAAGAGGGGACAGAACUGUACAACUGCAACAAAAUCAAAGACUACGACAUAGACAUAGGAAGUACUCUUCGUCUAGAUAUUUGGGAUGGAUGGAAAGAGUGCUUGAUGGGAUGCCUUCUGGGCCACAAACAUAUCAUUCAGCAACAUCUCUCUGAAGAGGAACCUGUGGCCAAGUUCCAGCGGCGAGUGGCACUGCACCUGGCGGCGUUCUUCGGCCACUUGGACCUCGUAGAUUGGCUGCUCCAACAAGGCGUUCGGGCAGACAAACCAGUCGGCGCCCAUCCCUACCGGGAAUGGUGCCAGGAGAUCGAACAUCCCAACGUCAACAAGUGCCCGGUCCACGCGGCCGCUGAGGCGGGUCAACUGCUGCCGUUGAAAGCCCUGGUGAACAACAACGUCCUGUGCCUGGAAUGCAGGAACCCCCAAGGUCACAACCCCCUGAAGAUCAGUAUCCAGCACAGGCACGUGGCGUGUGCCUUGUACCUGAUCACGAAAGCCUGGUCCGUGGUUUCUUUCCAAGGGCUCUCCUUUCCUGUCCGCAUCUACAUUAAGAUAAAGCAUUGGCUCCACAAAGUACAAAGACAUGUGCGCUCGAAGAAGAGGAUGGCCUACAGAACGCAUGUUGGGGACACCAUUGUGGUGGACGGCUUUACUGAACUUAGAAUGAGGUCCCGGCCCAGGGCGAGAGGAGGCAGGAAAGAUGGCCGAGGUAAAAAAUCCACCCUGCCAGCACUUAGUAACCAGGUACCAAUGACAAGACACAAGCCGCCCGUCCAGGAUGCCCAGAGGUAUCACGGGGGUUUGAUGGACCUGAGUCUACCAGCAAUUGGGGGUCAAGGAAGCGGAACAACACACGUAGCCUCCAAAAGAAAGAGCAACCGAGAAACAGACACGUGGGGAAUGAACAUGCCCCUCCCACCAAUAAUCAGGGACACAAACCCACGACCUCAGUUCUUUUACUCUGCACCAAAUGCUGCUGGACUUCUCACAACAUCCUUACUAUCAUUUUCUCAGCACAACGGGAGAACGACAAGAGAGAACGCCAUUUACUGUCUGGCACUGGCUAGCACAUUUAAAGAGAAACCUUGGCUGCAGCAACUUAGGAUGGCAAGGAACUUGGCCAGAAGAAGCAUACAGAAGCCCUUCUGCUGAUACAAGCCUUGUGUUCUGCUUCCAUUGCCAGAACUUAGCAAAGAUGCACUAAUUUGAAUGACUGCUCCCUUUAGGAGUUGGGGGAGGGGGAAAU